UUGCUUGUGGAAGUUUUAUUCUAUGAGGCAGCACAUCAACAAAGUUUGACAUUUCAAUCACAAAAUGGCGACCAAUUUAGUUGUCAAAAUUAAAAAAUCAUAAAAAUUGAAACUUUUGCUUUACACUAAUGAAGAAAUAGUAAUUAUUCGUAUAUAAUUAAACACAUUGUUUUAUAAAGUUAAAUAUAUUAUUAUGGCAAACGUACAUCGAGAGGCGUUUCAAAAACAAAUUCAACAGGAUUGGGCGAAUAGAGAAUACAUCGAAGUUAUAACGGGCAGCAUAAAGAAAAUAACAGAUUUUCUUAAUUCAUUUGACAUGUCAUGCCGAUCACGUUUAGCAGUAUUAAAUGAAAAACUUACAACUUUAGAACGAAGGAUAGACUAUUUGGAGGCUUGUGUUACUAAAGGAGAAACUUUAACAUGA